GCGCGAGACCCACGUCACUGGUUUCGGUUCGUCUCGUGCGCUCCAGCGGUUGCUCGGGUUACAGAAGGUUCUAGAAGGCGGUCGUCUUGGGUCAGGGUCCAUUGCUCCCCUCCAUGAUUAUCGAUCUAAAUUAGCAGGUACGUUUUUUAAAGGCGAUCAUGGUCAAAGAAACCGGCUUCUACGACAUGCUGGGUGUCCCGCCCAGUGCCACAGCAGACGAGCUGAAGAAGGCCUACCGCAAACUGGCCUUGAAAUACCACCCUGACAAAAACCCUACAGAGGGAGAGAGAUUCAAGCAGAUCUCGCAAGCAUACGAAGUUCUGUCGGACAGCCAGAAGAGAGAGGUGUACGACCGGGGGGGUGAGAAGGCCAUCAAGGAGGGGGGCAGCGGGGGUGGCGGCGGCGGGGGCGGCUUUGCGUCGCCCAUGGACAUCUUUGACAUGUUCUUCGGAGGCGGUGGGCGGAUGCACCGGGAGAGACGAGGGAAGAAUGUGGUUCAUCAGCUGAUCGUGACUCUGGAAGAUCUUUAUAACGGAGCCACCAGGAAACUGGCCGUCCAGAAAAACGCCAUCUGUGAGAAGUGUGAAGGCCGGGGGGGCCGUAAAGGGGCGGUGGAGAUGUGCAUGUCGUGCCACGGGACAGGCAUGCAGGUGCGCCUCCACCAGCUGGGGAUGGGUAUGGUCCAGCAGGUGUCCAGCGUGUGCCAGAGCUGCCAGGGCCAGGGCCGCCGCAUCAGCCACAAGGACCGCUGUAAAGCCUGCGGCGGCCGCAAGAUCGUCCGCCAGAAGAAGAUCCUGGAGGUGCACAUCGACAAAGGCAUGAAGGAUGGCCAGAAGGUGGUCUUCCACGGAGAGGGGGAUCAGGAACCAGGGUUGGAGGCGGGAGAUAUUAUCAUCGUCCUGGACCAGAGGGAACACUCUCGCUUCACCAGACAGGGACAGGACCUGGUGAUGACCAUGGAGCUGCAGCUGGUGGAGUCGCUGUGUGGCUUCCAGAAGCCCGUCCAGACGCUGGACAACAGGACCCUCCUCAUCACCUCUAAUCCAGGGGAUCUGAUCAAGCCCGGAGACAAGAAGUGUGUCCUGGGCGAAGGGAUGCCAAUGCAACGCCGCCCCUUUGAGAAGGGACGGCUCCUUGUUCACUUCUCGGUGGUGUUCCCCCAGGCCAACUUCCUGCCCCAGGGCAAGCUGAAGGAGCUGGAGGCCUACCUCCCGGGGAAGCUGGAGGAGGAGCAGCCCGAGAGCAUGGACGACGACCUCUACAUCUACGCAGACCUGGAGGACUGUGACUUUGAGAACCGCAAGCGACCAAGCCGCCACUACUACGUGGAGGAGGAAGACUACCCCAGCGCCGGCGGGGUCCAGUGUCAGACCUCCUAAACCCCCCCCCCCCCCACCUAGCCCGCCUUGAAUCGACCCCCUCCACCUCCUCCUCUACCACCCCACCCCACCUCCCCAGCCGCCGUACGUCUGAGGUCUAAACCGUGAUUCAAGUGAAGCACUUUCUGUAUUUUGCAUUCUGUGUACUUUUAAUUUAGUUUCUAAUCAUGUUGGUGUGAAGUGUCAAGUGGGAAUGCUCCGUGAAACGUGACCGGGACGUCUUGAGGUCGCCCCCCCCCCCCCCCCCCCCCCCAUGUGCUCAUUGCACCAGGGGUGCUUCCACACUUGUCGGGUGGCGUGUUUUUGACGUGAGGUUUUUAAAUCCAACGGGACUCAUUCGAUGGCCUCUCUUUUACCGCGACCAAUCCCACGCUAAAAAGGAGACGAUAGACGUGGCCGCCCAGGUGCAUUGUGGGUGCACCACUCGGCCAAAUGUUCCUUAUGUACGUCUAAGACCAGGCCGUGAGGGUGCUGGUCAGUGCUGAGCGGCCUAGCGUGCGGGUAGUGGGAGCCACACCCUCACUCUGUGAAGUGGAGGAGGGACUUGGUGGGUUUCCUUAGGAGAAGAGGAGAAUGGUUCCCUUAGGAGGAAGGACUUCCUGUAGUCUAUUUUAGUGACUUGUAGUUUUUAUCUCAUGAUUGUCGUGUGAGCAGGCCGAAGAAGCAGAGGGUUGAUGUCGUGGUUUCAGAAAGGUGUGUUUUGAAUUGGUGACCUUAAACCUGAGGCCAACGUGUUUUUGUUUUUAAUAUAUAUUUUUAAUAACAGAUGGAUGGUACAGUUUAUUAUCUGUGAAGCCCCAAUCACCCCCGCUCUGCUGUACCAUUUUAAGGGCUUUUUGUAAACAUCAAGCAUAAAAUCUAACAAUCAAUUACACUAUAACAACAUAGGAGUAGCAUUUCAUUUUUUCUAACUGUCAAUAUUAAAGUACAUUAAUUGCAUAUAUGAUACGAAGGAAUACAUUUUUGCAGUGAUUAUAUGCAAACAACUGUGAAACUCUGUUAAAGAUUUUGGCAUGUUUCCCUGAGUAAGAAUCACUAAUUAAUUAAUUAAUUAUAUCAUGAGCGCAAUCUACAUAAACACUCAACAGUUGUAUGUUACGAAGCAGGGAAGGAAGGAAGGUCAUCUCUUUGGUAAAAUAUGAUAGAAAGUGUCUAGUGUUUCUUUGCUUUGCGACAAUUGAGUAAUUAGUUUGAACUAGCAAAAUUGGACAGAUGGUGAUUUUGCUACCAUUGCCAAUAAUGAAUAAAUAAAGUAAAGUGCAUUGCAAUUAAAUGAAAGUUUAUAUUACCUUUACGUGUCUAAGCCAAAUGGUGGAGGUUUAAGUCUUUUCCAAAUCUGGGUAUAUAACUGGAUUGACUCCAGUUCCAAAUGUGGUUCUACACUGGAGUGACUAGUGUUACCGAGCCUUAUCUUUUAAACCCGCGCUACUCUUUAUGCAGCUUUCUGUCAACAUUUCAAUACACACAACUAUUGUUCUUGUAUGGAGGACUGCCGUUUCAUUUCAUUGUUAUGGAGUUAUACUGCUGUGUAUUAAUCUGGUUGUCAGGGAUACUGCUAACACAUAAAUGGUCUUGCAUUGUCUGCCAAUAUAAAGGACCAAUUAUUUGUUCAUGGUUUAUAAUUUAUAAUUUAAAGAGCAUGUUAUGCAAUUCUUUUUUAAUUCUUAAUCUGUUGUAGAUUUUGUUUUGUUGUAAUAAAUAUUUUUUGGUCCACUAAA